CAAUCGUCCUGAUCCGAUGGCGAAGGGCGGCGGCGGGAAGCUGAGUAAGCUCAAGUGCAUGAUCAAGCGCUGGAACUCUUCGGGCCGCAUCACCGGCUCUAACUCCGGCGGAGAGGCCGCCUCCGCCGCAGGGGCGUCCUCCCGGUCGCAGGACGGCGACGGGUGGGUGCAGUCGUCGUCGUCGUUCCACGGGGACGAGGUCCCGCCGGGGUUCCACCCGGUGUACGUGGGCAAGUCGCGCCGGAGGUACCUCGUCAGCGCCGGCGUCAUUGGCCACCCGCUCUUCCAGGUCCUCGUCGAGCGGUGCAGAGACGAUGCCGGCGCCGGCGCGGCGAUGGUGGUGGUGGGGUGCGAGGUGGUUCUGUUCGAGCACCUGCUGUGGAUGCUGGAGAACUCCGAGCCGCAGCCGGAGUCGUUGGAGGAGCUGGUCGAGUUCUACUCAUGCUGACGGCGGCGGAGCCCGCGGUGGCGGGAGCGACAAGAAAGAAGAAGCUAAGCAGCAGGGUUUAUUUGGAGAUUUUUUUUUAUGUAGGGUUGAUUAUGUAAGAAUGCAUGACGAAAAGUGGAGAUUUUGAAAAAUUCGGAAGUGCAGAAAUGGCAGAAGUACGUGUUAACUAGUUUAAAUUACUAUUUAGUCCCUGUAAUCAAGGACGUGUGUGUAAUUUUCUUCUUGUGCUUUCCUCUAAUUUCUACGAUUUCUGAUAUGAAUGUAAAUUUGCAAAUUAAAUUGUAUAUUUUAUGUU